AUGCUCUUUUGGCUGUUAGCCCUUCUGAUCCUUUGUGGUUUUCUGUGGAAUUAUAAAAGACAGCUAAAGAUCGCAAACAUCACUGAUAAGUACAUUUUCAUCACUGGGUGUGACACUGGCUUUGGAAACUUGGCAGCCAGAACUUUUGAUAAGAAAGGGUUUCAUGUAAUUGCUGCCUGUCUGACUGAAUCAGGAUCAACAGCUUUAAAGGCAGAAACUUCAGAGAGGCUUCAUACCGUGCUUCUGGAUGUAACUGACCCAGAAAAUGUCAAGAGGGCUGCCCAGUGGGUGAAAAACCAAGUUGGGGAGAAAGGUCUCUGGGGUCUGAUCAACAACGCUGGCAUUCUUGGUGUGCUGGCACCCAACGACUGGCUGACCGUCGAGGACUACAGAGAACCUGUUGAAGUGAACCUGUUUGGACUCAUCAGUGUCACGUUAAACAUGCUUCCCUUGGUCAAAAAGGCUCGAGGGAGAAUUAUCAAUGUCUCUAGCAUUGGGGGUCGGCUUGCAUUUGGUGGAGGGGGCUAUUCUCCAUCUAAAUAUGCAGUAGAAGGCUUCAAUGACAGCUUAAGGCGGGACAUGAAAGCUUUUGGUGUGCACGUCGCUUGCAUUGAACCAGGAUUGUUCAAAACCAAUUUGUCAGAUCCAGAAAAGGCUGCUGAAAAAAAACUUGCCAUUUGGAAGCAUCUGUCUCCAGACAUCAAACAACAAUAUGGAGAAAGCUACAUCAAGAAAAGCCUAGAACAAUUGAAAGGCACUGCAUCCUUUGUGAACAUGGACCUGUCCCUGGUGGUGGAGUGCAUGGACCAUGCUCUCACAAGUCUCUUCCCUAAAACCCAUUAUGCUGCUGGAAAAGAUGCCAAAACUUUCUGGAUCCCUCUGUCUCACAUGCCAGCAGUUUUGCAAGACUUUUUAUUGUUGAAACAGAAAGUAGAGCUGGCUAAUCCCAAGGCAGUAUGA